CCUCCCACUGAGGCACCUCUUCUCUGCCCCCACAUCACAUUCCCCAAAGGGUGGGCCAAGGGGCAGUGCCCCUCAGACCCCGAGGGAUCACCAAGAUGUCGACGGCCAGCAAAAUCGUUCCUGAUUGGAAGACUCUGAAACGCCUCAUCCACGAGAAACUGGAACAGAGGACGGUGAUCCCGGGAGAGAGACGGGACGGCGGUAAGGUGGUGCUGAGUGAUCGGCCCCAAGUGGUCUUCCAGGAGAGCCGCUACCCCCAACCCAUGCCCCCCCUCUGCUUCUACUACACCGACACCUUCUACGUCGUGUGCGUCUCGUCGGUGCGGCCGGGACGCAGGGAAAUCCAGGCAGUGGCGUGGGUGCAGAGCAAAGAAGAGAAGCAGCAGUUGGAGGAGAGGACGUUCCCUGUGACGGAGCGGUCGCCCCCGGUCCAGGCCCUGGUGCACACGGGCCCCCACCACCUGCUCGUCGCCUACUGUGGCGACUUCUGCCUGCGCCUCUUCGGGGACCACACGCGGGACCUCAAGUCCCUAGGCACCGUGCCCUGCCCCUUCGCCAUCAGCAGCCUGUGUUACGACCCACGUAAAGGCAUGCUGCUAUCGGGCAUCCACGGGGCCCUGGUGUGCUGGGCCAUCGAGCCGGAUGGCCGGAGCCUGCACGUGGCCCACACGGUGCCCGUGUCCGGCCGGGAGUCGGUGCAGGGCCUGAGCUCCGACGGGCCCCCGGGGUCUCUGGUGGCCCUGUGUGAGAGCGUGGCCCGGGUCUUCGCCUGGCGGGGCCGGAGCCAGCUGGAGGAGGUCCAGAGCUUCGCCGACCCGGCCUGCGGGACCUCCCUAACCUGCUGCUACACCUGCGCCGCCCGAGGCUACCUGUACACGGGCAACCGGGCCGGGCUGGUGCAGGUCUGGGCGCUGAACCGCGGCCGGCGGCCGCAGCGCUUCCAGGCCCACCAGGCAGCCGUGGUGUGCGUGCGCAGCCGGCCCGAGGCCCACACCCUGCUGACGGCCGGCAGCGACGGCACGGUCAAAGAGUGGAACCUGAGCUCCAGCCGGCUUCUGCGCCAGCUGGACCUGGGCGAGGAGCUGCAGCAGCUCUCCUUCCUGGACACCUCAACCUUCUUCUGCCACACGCGCUGCGGCUUCUCCCUGCGCCACCUGCCCUGCUUCUACCACCUGCUCAGCGCCUGCGGGUCGGCCCCCCGGCGGGUGCAGCGGGUGCCCUGCGGGGCCGAGCGGGCCCGCGUCCUGGUCUCCACCGAGAACGGGCUGCUCCACUUCCUGUCCCCGGUCACCGGGGAGCACCUGGCCCUCAGCUGGCCCUUCAUCGCCCUGGACCGGGCCAUCGACUGGGUCUACGCCCCCGACCGGGAGGAGCUCUUCGUGGCCACGGGCACCGCCGACGUGCUGGUGCUGGAUGCCGGCCGCUGCCCCUUCCCGGCCAAGUACCUGCUGCAGACAUCCGCCAACCAGGAGGAUCGGGUGCUCUGCCUGGCCUACGGGCGGCCCAAUCUGGGCCGGGGGCUGACCGGCCUGGUCUACUGUGGCCACUGGAGUGGGAUGAUCCAGGUCCUGUCCCAGCACAGCUGCGCCCGCGUGGAGAAGUACGUGCACUCGGGGCCCGUGGUGGCCCUGUCGGCCCUGGUGGGCAGCCAGCUGCAGCCCUCCCGCGAGGAUGGCCUGCUCUGCUCUUACGGCGCCGACGACUACGUGCACCUGUCCGAGGCCGUGCUCCUGGAGGGCAGCCUGGCCCUGCGGCCCCUCACCAGCAUCCUGAGCAGCUGCCCCCUGCAGCACCUGCUCCUGCUGCCCGGCUCCGUCGGGGCCGUGACCGAGAGCAGCCGCCUGCGCCUCUGGCGCUACCACGACUUCCUGUCGGCCUCGGAGCUGGGCCGGGGCUCGACCUACCGGGAGACGGAGCCCCUGCACCAGGGGCCCGUCACUUCCUUCGACUUCUGCCCGACCCUGGGCAUUCUGGCCACGGGCGGUGCCGACGGGGCCACCCGCCUCUGGGACGCCCUGGGCACCCCGCUGGCCGAGCUGGACUCGGAGAUGCAGUUCGGGCCGCUCUGCUUCGCCAACGCCCGCGGCGACCUGCUGCUCACCUUCAACCAGAGCCUCUACCUGGUCUCCUGCCUACAGCUGCUCCCCGACCCCUUUCUGGAGCGGCUGGCCAGCCUGGGGCCCCGGGAUGAGGAACCGGAGGCCCCGCGGCCCUUCCUGCCCGGCUUCCUGCUCUCCUUCGACACCAUCUUUGUGCCCAAGUACGCCUACCGGGCCCACCAGCUGCAGCACUACGAGGGGCUGGUGACCCUGACCAACCGACGGGCCAUCGCCUUUGACCGGGCCGUGCCCUACGUCGUGGAGGAGGCGGCGGAGGAGGAGGAAGAUGGGGGCGGCUUCCCCGGGAUGCUGAGGCCCCAGCUCAGGUCCCUGCAGUCGUUCCGACAGGCCAGCCAGGCCCCCGGCCCCGAGACCUCCGAUGCUCUGCCGGGCCGCCGCCGGCGCCCGGCCCUGGCCCAGCCCCAGCUCGAGCAGGGCCAGCUGGAGCGGGGCGCACAGCUCCGCCUCUUCUUCGGCCAGGGCCGCCACUGGCUCAUCGCCCCCGACGGCUACAUCCCCAACUCUGUCAUUCGGGCCCGGCUCUGGCCCGAGGGCACCCCAGUCUUCCUGCACUGCGGCCUGCACUGUCCCCAUAGGGACCCUGACUUGAUGGCAAGCGAGUGGCCCUUGUCCUCUGAUGCGGUGAUGGGCAUCGACAGGAUGGACGAGGCGGAGGAGGGGGCGUUGCUCGCGGUGGUGGAGGCCAUGCAGGGCCUGCGCGGCGACGGGGAGCUGGCCGCCGCCCGGGCGCCCCAGGGCCCGGCCCGUGACAUCCUGCUGAGGGUGGCCGGGGUGGGGAGCUUCGGUCUGGGGCCCAGGCUGGGCCAGGUGAACCUGGACAGCCUGGUGCCCAAGCUCCUCCGCCUCAUGAGGCAGGGCUCCGAAGAUCGCUACCUCCAGUGUGUCAGCACGCUGGCCCAGAUCUUCGCCAUCCACCAGGUGCCGCCGGGGCUGCGCUCCGAGACGGCCCGUCACCUGCUGGAGGACACGGCCCACACCAAGCCCAUCAUCCGUGUGGCCGCCUGGGAGGGGCUGGAGCGGCUGGGCCUCAUGAGCCUCCUCUUUGCUGUCCCGCUGGCCCGAGGGCUGCUGGACAGUGACCUGCAGGUGCGCCUCAAGGCCAGGGAGAUCAUGGCAUCGGUCACCGGCAUCCGCAACCGCCAGGCACUGCAGCAGCUGCUGGAGAAGCGUGAAACCUUCCGGGAUAUUCAGCAGGAGCAUAUCGGGGAAGAGUCCCUGGGCCAGCUGCUGAGUCUGCGGGCCACGGACCUCCCGGCCCUGCUGGUCGAGGUGGAGCGGAAGCUCAACGAAGAACUAGACCUGAAGGACAGGACGCUGGGACCACAGAUCAGCCUCGACAUCUUGGCAGCCACCGGCCCCCCGCCACCUCCCCAGCCUCAGACCCUCAUCCCCAUGGGCCCCACGGAGCCCCCGGCCCCGGACAUCUCCAUGGCCACUCUCCAGACUAUCCACCAGCGCUCCAAGAUUGGCAGGGGGCCAGGCCUUGGAAUGGGCCAGGCAUCAAGCAGAGCCAGGAUCCUGCUGCAGGUCUCCCAGAAGCUGGAGAAGGUGAGAGCGGGGCUCUCGACCAAGCCGGAUGAGUCCACCCCAAGGGACAGCGCAGAGGAGGUGUCCGUGACCCCCAAGGGUGAGGUUGGGACCUCCCCAGAGAAUGAGGUGACCGCAGAUCAGAGUCCGCAGGAGACGCCGGCCCCUGCGGGCCGGAGGCCCACGACGGUGGAAUUGUUCCAUAACGUGUUCAGGUCCCAACAACAGGGUGCCAAAGUGGGGGCCAAGGACCAGGCCUCGACAGUCCCAAGAGAGAGCCCCAGGCUGAAGGGUGUCCAAGGGGAAGGCCAAAAAGCACCCAGGGUGGGUAGCCGUCGUGUCACUGGCCUGCCCGAGCCCGAACAAAGGGGUGACCAGGAUGGCAGCUCAUGGAGAGAGGAUCUCUGCCGGCUGGUGAACCUCCGUGUGUCGGGAUCCCUCGAGGGCCUGGGCCGGGACCUGACCGCGGAGCUGGUGGCCACGGCUCGAAGGGCGUUAGGGGGCCGGAGGCUCAGCUGGCACCUCUUCCAAGAGAUCUGCCCUGUCCCCCUGCUGCCCAGCCAGGCUGGGGUAGAGAAACCAGGGACAGAGGAAGCAGGGAGGGAUGAGGAGGAAGGGAAGCCCCCCAGCAAGAGGGAGGUAGAAGUUUCCAGGAGAGAAAAAGAAAAGGGAAGGAAAAUGUCCAAGAGGGAGGAGGAAAAAGGAAGAAAGAUUUACAAGAGGGAGAAAACUGACCUUGCCCCCAAAGGGGAAGAAUUAGAUAAGAAAGAGAAGAGGUCGUCCGUUGAGGAACGGGCAUUAACCCGGGAAGAGAGAGAACCAGCCAGGAAAGAAGGGGAGGUGACUGUGGAGGAAAAGGAAGUGGCCAGAGACGAGAGGAGCCUGGCCGGAGGGGAGACAGAACUGGCCAAGGAAGAGACAGAGAUGAUCAAAGAAGAGGAAAAGCUGGAUACUGAAGAGAGGGAAGUGGCCAAGGAAGAGAAGGAAAUGACCUGGGAAGAGAAGGAGAUGGCCAGGGAAAAGAGGGAGAUGGCCAGGGAAGAGAGGGAAAUGGCCAGGGAAAUGAGGGAGAUGGCCAAGGAAGGGAAAGAAAUGGCCAGGGAAGAGAAAGAGAUGGUCCAGGAAGAGAGAAGAAUGAUCAAGGAAGAGGGUAGGCUGGCCAGGGAGGAGAAGAAGCUGGCCAGAAAAGAGAAGGAAAUGACCACGGAGGAAAGGGCGAUGGCCAAAGAAGAGAGAGAGCUACUCAGGGAAGAGAGGAAAAGGGUCACAGACCGGAGGGAGUUGGCCAGAAAGGAAAGAGAAAUGGCCAAAAAAGCGUGGGAUAUGGCCAGGGAGGAGAGAGAAAUGGCCAGGAAAGAGAGGGAAAUGGCCAGGAAAGAGAAGGAAAUGUCCGUGGAGGCAAAAGAAAUGACUAGAGAAGAGAGGGAACUGUCUAGGGAAGAGAGGAAACUAUCCAGGAAAGAGAGGUCACUGUCCAAGGAGGAGAGGGAAAUGGCUGGGGAAGAGAGGGAAAUGGCUAAGGAAGAGACGGAAAUGUCCAUGGAGGAAAAAGAACUGAUGAAGGAAGUGAGGGAGCUGGCCAUUGAGGAGAAGGAAAUUUCCAUGAUAGAAAAAGGAAAGACUGAAGAAAAGAGAAAGCUGCCCGGGGAGGAGAGAGAGCUGACCACAGAGGAGAGCGGUGUGUCAUUGGAAGAAAAGGAUGAGAGCCAAGAGGGGGAAAUCCCCAAGGAAAAGAAGGACAGGUUCGAAGAAGAAGGUGAGGAAAUGCCAACGGAAGGAAGAGGGCCGACCAGAGAAGGAAGACAGCUGCCCCGGGGGGAGGUGGAAAUGGCAAGAAAAGAGAGGGCCGUUCUUGGGGAAGAGGAAGAAUUGCCCCUCGAAAAGAGGAAGUUGUUGGGCAAAGACAGGGAGAAAAGUCUCAAAGAGAAACAGAAGAAAAGUCUCAAGAAAGACUCAAGGGAAAUUAUCCAAGAAGAGAGGAUGUUGGCCAAGGAAGAAAGAAAGCUGGCAAAGGCAGAGAGGAGAAUGGCCGGAGAAGAGAGAGAGCUGGCCAGAGAGGAGGCCCAAAUGUCCAUGGAAGAAAAGGAAAUGAUGCUGGAAGACAGGAAGCAGUUCAGGGAAGAAAGAAGCCUGGCCAGGGAAAGGACGAGGCUGGACAGGGAAGAGAGGGAUCUGGCUAGGGAAGAGGGAAAACUAGAUGGUGAAGAGAGAGAAAUCAAGGAAGUAACCCAAGAAGUGGAGAAACUGGCUGGGGAAAAGAGGGAAAUGCCCAAAGAAAAGAAGGAAAUUAGUCAAGAAGAGAGGAGACUGUCCAGGGAAGAGAGGAAAAUGCCCAUAGAAAUGAAGGAAAUUAGUCAAGAAAAGAGGAAACUGACCAGGAAAGAUAGUGAAAUGCCCCAAGAAAUGAAGGAAAUGAUACAAGAAGAGAGGAGACUGACCAGAGAAGAGAGAGAACUACCCGAAGAAAUGAAGGAAAUGGCCCGUGAAGAGAAGAAACCGACCGGGAAAGAGAGAGAAAUCCCUGAUGAAAUAAAGGAAAUAACCCAAGAGAAGGAACUGGCCGGGGAAGAGAGGGAAACGUCCAUGGAAAUGAAGGAAAUGAUUCAAGAAGAGAGGGAACUGGCCACAGAAGAGAGGAAACUUGCCAGGGAAAUGAGAGCGCAGAGCAGGGAAGAGAGGAAAUUGGCCAGGGAUAGGAGAAAACUGGCUAGAAAUCAGAGGAAACUAUCCAGGGAUCAGAGGCAACAGGCCAGGGAUAGGAGGAAACUGUCCAGGGAAGACUGGGAGAUGAUCAGUGAAGAGAGGAAACCUGCCAGAGAAGAGAAGCAAAUGACCGGAGAAGAGAGAGAAAUAGCCAAGGAAGAAAGGGAAAUACCCACGGAGGUGAAGGAAAUAAGCCAAGAAGAGAGGGAACUGGCCAAGGAAGGGAGGGAAAUGCCCCAGGAAAUGCAGGAGGUUACCCAAGAAGAGAGGAAACCAGCCAGGGAAGAUUGGGAAAUGGCCAGCGAAGAGAGGAAACCAGCCAGGGAAGAUUGGGAAAUGGCCAGCGAAGAGAGGAAACCUGCCAUGGAAGAGAAAGUAGUAGCCAGAGAAGAGAGGCAAAUGACCAGGAAAAAGGGGGAAACGGCCGGGGAAGAGAGAGAAAUACCUGUAGAAAUAAAGAAAAUUACCCAAGAAGAGAGGAAACCGGCCAGGGAAAUCUCAGAAAUGACCGACGAAGAGAGGAAACCGGCCGUGGAAGAGAAAGUAGCAUCCAGAGAUGAGAAGCAAUUGACCAGGGAAAAGGGGGAAAUGGCCAGGGAAGUGAUGGAAAUGCCCAGAGAAAUGGAGGAAAUUACUCCAGAAGAGAGGAAACCGGCCAAGGAAGAUCGAGAAAUGACCAGUGAAGAGAGGGAACCUGCCAUGGAAGUGAAAGUAAUUGCCAGAGGAGAAAAGCACGUGGCCAGGGAAGAGAAGGAAAUACCCAUAGAAAUGCAGGGAAUCACUCAAGAAGAGAGGAAAGAGGCCAGGGGAGAUCAGGAAAUGACCAGUGAAGAGAGAAAACCUGGCAUGGAAGAGAAAGUAGUGGCCAGAAGAGAGAAGCCAAUGACCAGGGAAAAACGGGAAAUGUCCCUAGAAGUGAAGGAAAUUAUCCAAAAGAAGAGGAGACUGUCCAGGGCAGAUUGGGAAGUGACCAGUGAAGUGAGGAAACCUGCCAUGGAAGAGAAAGUGGUUGCCAGAAAAGUGAAGCAAUUGACCAGGGAGAAGAGGGGCAUGCCCCUUCUGAAAAUGAAGGAACUGAUCCAAGAGGAGAGCAAACUGGCCAGGGAAGAGAGGGAAAUACCCAAAGAAAUGCAGGCAAUUACCCAAGGAGAGAGGAAACUGGCCCGAGAAGAGAGGAAAGUGGCCAGGAGAGAGAGGAAAGAGGCCAGAGAAGAGAGGAAACUUUCCAGGAAUCAGAGGAAACUGUCCCGGGGUGAGAGGAGACUGGCCAUAGAAGGUUGGGACAUGAAAGGGAAAGAGAGUACACUGGUCCCGGAAGAGAUGGUGAUAGCCAGGGAAGAGAAGGGAAUUGCUAGGGAAGAGAGGGAAAUGGCUAGGGAAGAGAGGGAAAUGGCUAGGGAAGAGAGGGAAAUGGCUAGGGAAGAGAGGGAAAUGGCCAGGGAAGAAAGGGCAAUGGCUGGAGAAGAGAAUAAAAUGGCCAGAAAAGAGCAGAUAAUCACCAGGAAAAAAAGGGAGUUGAUCCACAAAGUGAGGAAAGUAGUCACCCAAGAGAGGGAAAUGGCUAGGGAAGACCAAGAAAUGCCACAAAAGUGGCAGGAAAUGGUGGAGGAAGCAGACCAAGUGGACAGCGCAGGGAGUCCCCCCUUGAAGAAAGAGGAAAUGGAAAAGGGCAGGCUGAGUCCCAAGGGCAGAGAGGCUUGGCUGUUCAAGGCAGAGUUGCAGAAGUUUCUGAGGCGCUGGAGGAAGUGGAGGAAGCGGAUGAGGCGGGCUCGAAGGGUGGAGACCAUCCUUGAAGAGGAGGAGCCAAUCGAGGAAGCCAGAGAGUCGUCCCUGACCGAGGAGAGUCAAUCAGAAGAAGAGAAGUCUGAGGAAGAGGAGUCCUGGUCCGAGGAAGCGGAGAGCAUGUUCCCAGAGGAGGAGGGAGAAGGGGCCUUCCCUGAGGAAGAGGAAAGGGUGGGCGGUGAGGGGGGUCCAUCCCAGCUGGAACGCCUCGUGGAGGUACUGAGGGAACAGAUAUUGGGGCUCUUGGAGAGCCAGGCCAGGGACGCACAAAGGGAGGUGGCGAGAGACAUGCUGGAAGUGGAGGGCAAGCGCUGGUCUUCCGUGACGAGGCUGCCGGAAACGGUCGGGGAGAAUGUCCUGAGACCCUGGUUCAGAGAAGGCGGGGUGCCCAAGAGGCGGAGGCUCCGGAGCCCGAUUUGGCUCCCCAAGGAGGCCCCGGAGCCCCCGAGGCCCCAGAAGGUUCCUGUGCUGAAGGACCACAUGCAGAAGCCCACGACAUUGACACCCAAAGAGGUGAAAGAAGCCCGGAAGUGGACCUGGUUCACCCAGCUCGAGCACAUCCUGACCGAGUCCUGGACCCCAACCCCCGAGGGUACCCUGCCCAAGCCCCCAGCUCACUCGGAGCCGAACUGGAUGAAAAUGGCCUACCGCCGCCUCCGGGAAGCCCCGGGCAUCAGCCGGAGUCGCUUCCUCCGCCUCAGCCGGCUGCUCGCCGAGCCCUCCGGGGGCGAGCUCCGCAGGCUGCUCCAGCUGGCCCACCUGCAGGACAUCAUGGCCCGCUGCGAGUCCUGGGCCUCGAGCGUCCAUGACGCCCCUUCCCAAGCCCCAGAGGGGCCCGCCGGAGUCCCAGGACCGAGGGGUCCCAGGGGCCGGUGGACCAGGCCGGUGCUCCCACCCAUCAGGGGGAAGGAAACUCCUCGAAAGCCCGCAGAGGGCCCAGAGACCCGGAGGCAGCCAGCACCGCUCAAGGCCGUCCACGUGUCCCCGAGGAAGCUGGGCCUGCCCCCACGGCAGGCUCGCCGGGCCCAGGCUCGCGGCGCCCGGUUGCCGAAGGGCAGUGGCCCUGCCCUGCGGUCCCCUCAGGCUCCCGUGGUCCCAAGCUCUGCUUCGGUGCAGGAGAAGAGGCUGAACUGGGAGACCUUCCUGGCGCUCUACCAGGUGCUGCUGGCCAUGCGGGUACGCUGCGGGGAGGACAGCCCCAGAUGGCUGGCCCAGUUCAACCACCUCCUCGACCUGUAUCGCCUCAAGUCCCCCCGCCUGCGGGCCCUGCUGCAGCGGCUCCUGACGGCUCAGGACCACCCCCACCGGGAGUUUGUGGCCGACUCGGCAAGGGAGGCCCGCGAUCUGGCCCCCGGGGAGCGGUUGCUCUGGAGGGUGCUCUGUGGAUGCCCCCAGCCACCGCCCCGGCCCCCUGACUUCCAGCAGGUGCUGCCCCUCCCCUGGAGGAACAACGUGCACACCACCCGGCCCCGGGGCGAUGCCCACUGGGGCAUCCUGAAGCUCACCUGGCGCAGUCUGGCCUCCACCCUCCCCACGGAGGGGCUGCCCCAGUUCCCCGCCCCUACCCGCUGACUGGCGCCAGCGCCAGAGGAAGCCCAGUUUGAGCGCCAUCCCUAAGGUUCCCGGGAAGAGGUGGGAGGAGGGGGCAUGGGGAGGGGGGCAGCCCCGGGCCACCCUCACAUCAUCUCCAACACCAACUGGGCUCAGCCCACCCUCUUGGUUAUUCCAGAAU